CUAAGAAUGCGAGGAAUAACAUUUUUUUAUUGUAUACAACUUCUAACUAUAAAAGGAAUGGUUAGCUACUAUGAAGUAGACAAUUGUCAAGGUAAAACAAAUAAGAUAUCUCUGUGUUUAAUAUGAAAAUGUUUAACCAGAUAAUUCAAUCAUAGGAUUAGAUUGGGAAAAACAGAUUUGCUGCAAUGGCGUUAUACAUCCCAAGUAUCACAAAAACGAACUUCAGGGUUGUUGUGGUUCUGAAACUUACGGAAAGGAUAGCUUUUUUUGUUGCUCAGGUCAAGAUAGUAGAAGAAAUAAUAUAUAUAACAUAAGCCGGCUAACAGAGCCGAAAGAUGAAAACUACUGUUGUGAUACGAAAAUUUACAACAGAAUCUCUCAUAUCUGUAAACAGGUUAAAGAAGAACGUAUUCUAUUGGAGAAGGGAAAGGAUAUUUGCAAAAAAGACAUUUUUAACACCAAAGAAGAAAUCUGUUGUAAAGGCAAACUACAAAAGCUAAAACCUUAUCAUGCAUGUUGUGGCUACUAUACAUUUAACGUCUCGACACAUAAAUGCUGCCCUUCAAUAGCGGGAGAGAACAUCGUUAAGAAAGAUCGAGUCUGUUGUGGAUCAUCGUCGAUAAACCCAAAGACAGAGAGGUGUUGCAAAGAGAUGAGGUUUAACAAACGUUUCGGAAUAGAGUGUUGCGGAGCAAAUACGUUUAACAUAUCACUCGAAGUUUGCUGUAACGGAAAUAUCUAUAAGCCGGCCUUCGCAAAGGAUUUGAUGAACAUUAAGUGCUGUAAUGGCAGAAUCCCAUUUGACUUGAGGGUAGCAAACUGUAAGAAUGGAAUCGUAGUCGAAACAGCUCCUUUAUGUGGAUCAAAUCGGAUAUAUAGGAAAAUGAAAUGCUGUGGCUCCCAAUUCGGCUACUAUGAACAGUAUUUCACCUGUCUGCAUCGGGGCAACUCUACGUUCUCAAUUGAGCCAAAGCGUGAAAGGGGAUUUUUGAUAGUUAAAAUCAAAAAACUAACCGAAUCAAAACACAAUGCUACCAUAUUUAUAAGUGUCAAGUGCUUGAAUAGCUCAAAGAAAAGAAACAGAAUAAUGAAGAGAGGAAUAACAUAUAUAACAUUAAGCUUUCUUUUAUCGUUCGGACUAUCUACGAAUAAGUGUAAUGGAGGUGAUGAUAGUGGUAUUAUUUGUUGUAAUGGGAUACCUUAUAGAAAGUACCAAGGUCCUACGAAUACGCUUAUCUAUGACCAAUGCUGCGUUUCGAAACCAUACCUAUCAGAAAAGCAAAUUUGUUGCAAGGUUUUGAAUGCUAGAAAUCAGGUUGUUUACAAACUUCAUAAGAUCAAAACUCUUGCUAAUAUUACCCGUACACCAGAGUUUUGUUGUGGCCUAAACAAAUUUAAUAUGAACUAUCAACGAUGUGAUUCUGGAAAAACUCUUUGGAAGAAUGAACAACUCUGCAAUGGUGUAAUUUAUGAUAUCAACAACGAGCUAUGCUGCAAUGGCAUGAGAAAACCUUACGGUACUGGGGCUGAAUCUUUUGACAUUCGUGAUUUACAUGCUAAAGAACCUAUUGGUCAAUUCAUGAAUUGGUUUCAAAAAGCUGUCGAUUCUAGUAGUAAUUAUGAAGCAAAUGCCAUGUCCCUAGCUACAACCACUAGCGACGGAAAGCCUUCAGUUAGAAUUGUAUUGAUGAAAGCAUUUGAUGAAAGAGGCCUACAAUUUUUUACCAACUUUAAUAGUAGAAAAGCAAAAGAAUUGAUUGAAAAUCCUCAUGCAUCGGUUGUUUUCCAUUGGAUUCAUCGCGCUGACAAUAAUAAACUAUGGUCAAGACAAGUGAGAAUGGAAGGGAUAGUUGAAAAGGUAUCGUCACCGGAAGCAGAUGCAUAUUUUAGUUCUAGACCAAAAGAUAGCCAAAUUGCUACACAUAUAAGUAUAGAACAAAGCGCAGCAGUGGCUAAUAGAGAAGAAAUGUUAAAGACUAAAGAAGAGCUUUACGCAAAAUUUGAUAAUGAAGCAGUGCCAAGGCCCUAUUAUUGGGGAGGAUUUCUUAUUAAACCGCAUACAAUAGAAUUCUGGCAAGGACAAACAAAUAGAUUACACGAUAGAAUAGUUUUCAAGAAAAUGAAACCAGAAGAUGUUCCUGAUAAAGAACCAUUCAUUCAAGGCGAAAACGGAUGGAUAAUUCAAAGAUUAAUUCCCUAA